UGACAAUGAAACAAGACUUACCCCCACCCAUGCCUGUCGACCCCGGAUUCCCGUCAUCCUUCUUCUUCCUAUUUUUAACAGGUUAUUAAAAGUAUCCAAUCUUGCGAGAAGAAAAUUUAAGCGACGUUGUCCUGCUGCAGCUUUAGCGUUUUCUAUGGUGCGUUGUUGCUGUUGCAUUCGUUAAUGUAGAAGAAUGAUCAGGGUCAGUGUCUACCUUGUGUAUCCCCUUUUUCUUGACUGAAGAUUGAAAAAUCAAUGCCUCUCCUUGCUUACGCUUCUCAUACUACUUGUGCUACAAUCGAUUUUAUUUUGUUCUUUCUUUUGUUUGCAAAAUGGCAGUAGUACGACUUAAUAUCUCGAGAUUUCUGGUGGGAAGAAGUAGAAGAGAUCGCUCCUUAGGGCGACUUUACGUCGUCGUCUCGAUGUUCCUACUUGCAGGGGCAUCGACGCCACAAGGUGGACUGCAUUUCAAAAGUUCUGGUAAAUUAUCUGAAGCGGAUGGCGGGUAUAAGAAAACAUGUGUGGAUAUCUUGCGUGAGCCACUCAAGAACGGACACCACGAUGAUCCGUGCUUGGCUGAUGACGCGAAGGUAGGUGGAGUUCCUGAACAAUGGCAGAAGCAGCACCAGGACACGACGGGAGCUCGCGAUGAUAUCCGUGGAGGAAAAAGGCAGAAAGUUGACGGUGAUGAUGAAAGUGCGCCAGAGUGCCUCCAAGUCGAAGGUCAGGAGAUGAAAGCGAAGACUGCAGAGCGUCCUCCGAGUGAAGCUAACGUUAUGGAAACAACUCAAACGCUUCUUGUGCAACCACAACCUUUGCGUGCAGGUGUAGCCCCGCGUGUAUUGCUCAAUUGGGACGAUGAAGAGCGAUGUAACGCUCAAUUUGAUGCAGAGCGGUGGAGUACCAUUGCUCAUAUAAAGAAGGGUGACGACGACGCUACAAGGACGAGCGCCAACGAUGAUUCAGAAAAAUUUCUCCGUGAGCAUGAGGAGGAGGCCAAGUAUGGGGAAAGUCUUGAAUUCGAUCCAGAGGCUGAGCAAAGUUCUGAAGACCCGCUGUCCGUAUUUGGCCAGGCGCAUAUCGGCAAAGGCUCUUUUCCUCUUCGUCGUCCGCUAAAUCGUUCACCUACCCGCAGGAUAGAAGAAGUUGGACUCGGUUUUUCGGCUCCAGCUUCAUCACCAUCACAUCAGAUGAGGCAAAAAAUAGUGCCGCUCACUCGUGAAGCUCGUGGAAAGCAACGAGUUCAACAUACUACAUUACAACCGUCGGCGCAGGUUCACGAGUCCAACAUGGCGUUUCUAAAAAAACUGGACGAGACCAAAAUCAAACCCGCUUCUAAGAAGCAAGAGCACUCAACGAAAAGACUAAGCGAAGAAAAGAAGAGCGGUCCCGCAUAUUUCGUGUCUGCCUUUUCGAUGGAGAAUACUAAUCCAAGGAAGAAGCAACAUCGCAAUCCUGUGCCUUCGAAGGAUACGUUGUCGGAAGCUUUUUUAGAGGCGCUAAAGGACCUUGAGGAAGGUGGAGAUGAAGUGGGAGAGAAGAAAGAGCGAAGCGUGAGACAAAGCAUGCGAUGAAAGAUGAUAUUACGGUCGAAAAUUUGGUGUCAUCUUAUGUGUACUGACGUGGUACACUUUUUUAACAGUGUACUUAGUCGCUCCAUGAGAAUUUAUGUAGAAGUGUGUG